AUGUCUUGCAUUUGUUGUUUGGCCAUCAUUGGCAAAAAGAACAAUCCUCUAUUUUUAAAAGUGUACAAAUCAUCAGAAGCAGAAGAUCCAUUAAAGUAUCACUAUAUCGCACACACAGCGUUAGAUAUUGUGGAAGAAAAGAUCAAUAAUCGUAAAACAACAAAUACUCAAAAUGACAUGUACUUGGGAUUGUUAUUUCCAACGGAAAUCUACAAAGUAUUCGGAUACAUUACAAAUAGUGACGUGAAGUUUUUACUUAUUAUUGCCGGUGAUGAUUAUCAGCAAACAGACAGAGAUUCUGAAAUUAGGAGUCUCUUCCAACAACUUCAUUCCUUAUAUAUUGACUGUAUUUCUAACCCAUUUUACACGUUUGGAGAAAAGAUUGAAUCUCUACAAUUUGCAAUUUCUGCUCGAAGUUUAGUGCAAGGAUAUAAUCAACAACAGACCAACAAUCCUGUAAGAAAAAGUAAAAGAUUCUAA